UGGCAAUCUUGGUACAUAUUCUAACCCAACCUUUAGUCGGUUUGUUUACGUUGCUGUUUAAUCAAAAUAACUUAUUAAAAAAUCCUUUAUAAUGGCGAAUAUGGUGCAUUGUCAGCUCUGGAUGGGCAGCCUUGAACCGUAUAUGACAGAAACAUUCAUAUUGACAGCGUUCCGUAAAAUGGGCGAAAACCCAUUGAAUGUGAAAGUAAUGCGUAAUAAAUUCACGGGGGAACCUGCAGGGUAUUGUUUCGUGCACUUUGCCACAGAUGAGGAGGCUAUAGAUGCAAUGCAUAAAUUAAAUUCAAAGCCGAUACCUGGCACUUCACCCAUGGUGAGGUUUAGGUUAAAUAACGCCAGUAACACAGGUAGAACGUUAUUGGACAGAGAGUUUUCUGUGUGGGUGGGCGAUUUAAGCCCUGAUGUAGAUGACUAUAAUUUGUAUAGAGUGUUUUCAUCAAAGUAUAACACAAUUAAGACUGCUAAAGUUAUUUUGGAUAACAGCGGGUUCAGUAAGGGGUAUGGGUUUGUUCGUUUUGGAAGUGAGGAUGAAAUGAAGGAUAGUUUGACUAUGAUGAAUGGUUACAUUGGUUUGGGAACAAAGGCCUUAAAAAUAUGUAAUGCAGUUCCUAAACCUAAAGGUGCUUUAGGCACUACAGGCAGUACAACUCCAACUACAAGCACUUUAACUAGUUCUACCACAGAUUACAGUCAGUAUUAUGAUCCUACGACGUAUUGGCAGAACUAUGCCAAUUGGCAAACAGCUGGCUAUUAUGAUCAGAGUGGUGAAGCUCAAACAGCUGAAGGUUUUAUGGCAGCUGCAGCCGAAAUUAAAAAGGAUGAUGACUUAGAAUUAAUAGAUCAUUCUGUGCCUAUUGACAUUGAUAAGUUAAAUAGAGAAAAAAUUGAUCAAGAUUGCAAUUUAUGGGAUGCCAUAGAGAGUUCAAAAUGGUUACCUUAUGAAGCUUUGGAAGUUAUUUAGAUUUUAAUAUUUUGUGUGUAAUUUUAAUAAUAAAACAUUUUCAUUCAUAA